AGAACAAGAAGUAAACAAUAAAGGGGAGACCAAAAACAUGCUUCAAAGCCGACGGCAGUAGAAAUCGCAGUGAGCGCAGAAAAUCGAGUUUAAUUCCCAGUAAAACCAUCCCAGGAGAGAUGAGUUCCGGUUUGUGGCUCCGUUUGCGUUUCGCCCUCGAACGCUUCGAACAAAUGUUGCCCAAUUUGUUCGGAUUUCCGGGCGGCCGAUUCCCACCGACGGGUGCCUUGGCGUUGGUCGGAACCGAAGGAAGUCGAUUGCCACUGGAUUCCGGGAAAAGUUUCAGUCUGAAGGACUUGAUUGGCGAUGGGAUCUUGUGGGCCGUCCCGAAGCAUCGUCGCACGGUUGAGAAACGACUGAAGCGCAAAUACGGCAGCCCGCAGUACAAGCUGAAGAUUUUCACCCCGAAGACACAUCUGCGCAUUUGCACUUCAUGUGGAAGUGAUCACGAAGUGGGAGUGCUCUGCCCCACAUGCUACAAGAAGGUCCGCGAAGAAACGGAGCAAAUUCAGACGAAGAUUCAAGCCAAGCUGGGAUUGGAACCCGUGGACAAGGAGGUGGUUGUCCUGUACGAUCGCGAACGGGAUGAACAACCGGAGGAGUUUUGGCAGGGCAAGCGCAUAGUCGAGAUGGAGAAGUCCCGGCCAGUGUGGUUUAGCAAGAACCUGUUGCAGAGAACCACUCAGCAGCCGGCUGAUACGGCGGAAGUUAAGCCCGAAACGGAAAAGCUGGGUUGAAGGAGGUGGAUCCAUUUAGUAAAUAAAGAUGUUCUUAUCGAUGAAUGA